UGUGCUUAGUUACACUCAGAUUCACCCCGAUCCAAAUGGACAGAAUUAAUAGUAACAAUUGUAUCGAAUUUGGUGUCGCAAAACCGGAGGACUACAUCCCAGUGCUACAAUUUGUGCGUAAGUUCUAUUACGAGCAUGAACCUAUGAGCACAUCAUACAUACACGACGGCUCUCCAGAUGAGGAUGACAUUGAAUUUUCAAUGUCGUUUCUACUCCAAGGGAUGGCAGUGAUAGCAAACGAUCGUCUUGAAGACCGUUUAGUGGGAGUUUCCAUUGCUAAUUCUAUCUACCCAGGUUACACAGAAGAACUACUGUUAGCUGCCGAAAAAUCAAGGACCCGAAAAUGGCGUGAUAGCUUGAAGCUUCUGGCACAUCUGCAACAGGCAAAUAACAUCCUAAAACAGUUCAACGUUUGCAGCUGCUACGAUAUCGAAAUCUUAGCCGUUCAUCCAGACUAUCGUGGCCGUCGGAUUGGAGCGAGGCUUUUUGAAGAACAAUUUGAACGCGCGAGAAUUCUGGGCUAUUCGCUGGCUAGUGCUGAUUGUACCAGUUUUUAUUCAGCGCAAACAGCAUUCCAAGUUGGAAUGGAAUGCAUAGGCAGGCUGGCUUAUUCAAACUACAAAAACGAGCAAGGAGUGCAACUGUUUAAACCGGAACCGCCACACCUGGAGAUACAAUCGUUCGUAAAGAAGCUUUAAUUUGUGGAGGCUGCUAUUCUGAAUAAUUUUACAUACAAUUGUGAUGAGAUGUCUGAGCUGUAUUUGACUAAAUAAACAAAAUUGCUUU